CCACAGCGCCCGUUCUUUUCCGCCUUGCGGGGAAUGCAGAAUUGAUAGAUACAUCAAACCCGGUGUGGACUUUGAAACCGCACGUUUUGUUCACCCAUUUAGCACAUCCGAUCGAUGGACAUCAACACGCUUUAUAAAAGGCUAGACCACCGGCUACCGACCGAGUGGUACGCCCAGUCGGGAAGCUACUGUUGACGGUUCAAUAUUCAAUCAGGGACGAGUCCCUCGGAUCGAUCGGAUCAAUAAUAGCUGGCAGCUCCGAGCUCCGAAAUAUCCUCACCCGAUAAAGAGACCGUUUGGCCGGCACGCUCUAAUUGCUGUUCGAGCGUCGCCAGUUCGCACGCUGCUCUGAAGCACGCCUUGGAGUAGACACGUGCGUGAUCAUCGCGGUGGAUUGUAACUGGAUCGGGCCAGCACAGGAUGAAUUCUACCGAAGAGCUAAUUUCCCAGCCGGGAGGCUCGAUCGAUUGCAGAAACUAUCUGCCACCGUUGCGGGCCUACUAUGCAGAGUAUGCCAUACCCUUGAGCUUAUCGCUGGCAGCCGGCUGCAUCGUCUGGCUGUGGGUGACGUACGUGUUUGCAGAAGUAAUCAGACGCAUUAAGCGACACACCGAGAAGGGCCAAGUGAUGGUGCUAAUCAUUGCCAAUACGGUGUAUUUUACGGUGGUGACGUUCAAUGUGGUGGCACUGGUGGUACCGCACGUUGCGGUCAUCUGCGACAUAGUCCCGUUUGUGGCGUUUUGCUGGUGUAUUUUGGUGUUUUUUCGCUAUCUGAAGGAAUCGGUGGGAGGUGAUACGGCCAUCAUUCAGCUGUACGAAACGAAAGCUAUCGAACCGCCCCAGGUGUGCCCAUGCUUUCGCUUCAUCUAUGACAAAAAGAGGCAAUUACGUGCUAUACGAUUCGGAAUUAUGCAGCUUCCUAUUUACAACAGUGUUGUGGCCAGCAUACAGCUACUUAUUUUCUCCUAUGAUAAGGACUUAUUUUACGAUGUGUUUUACGUUAUUUUACCAUUCAUAAUCACAUCGAUCGUAUUUUACGUUGGAUCAUCCGUUUCUUUCAUCAAAACGGUUGCCCCACUUUAUCCGGACAAUCCGAUCUUCAAACGAUUCUUUCUGCUGCAGUUGGUGCUAAUCAUCACCAAACCACAGAUCAUUGUCCUGGAGCUCAUCUACAACCUGUCCACAUUCGAAUGUACUGAGGCUGGCGAGCCUAAAGUGUACAUGAACAUUAUUAAACAAAUGGUAAUACUGAUCGAGGUGGGAAUAGUGACCGUUUUUUCGUACAAAUUCUACACCAGUCAGCAGCAACCGGCGGGCGAGAAGUCGUCGGGCGUAACUAAUACGGGAUAUGAGGCAUAGAACGGCGCGGAAAAUUGUGGCUAGAUGAGAUGAGUGCAUUUGAUUACUUACCUGAAUAGUGCGUACUUAAUUUAUAAUUAAGCUGAGUAAGCAAAAAUAUUAUAAGUAACAUGGAAGAGAACUCAACUGCCCCCUAGAGAAAUGGUCCAAAUGAGAAGCAAACAUAAAGAAAGUUUAUGCAAGGUGGCAACUGCAAAUAGCAUUCUGUCGAGAGUUGUAAAGUGUGGAACAAUUUAAACACCAUUAAGCUGUGAUGGAGUUCAAACAAUCGAUCGCGUUGCGAAUGUACUUAGCAUUAGACGCUAGCUUUCAGUGGUGGAUGUGCUGUGAUGGUACUCGUUACAGAACGGAAACACUCAACCAAUGUGGGCAACUGAGGUAGAAACUGUACAAAUUAGAGUUCAACAUCUGUAUCUAAUAAAUUUAAUAAAAAUUCCAAAAAAGGUGCUUAAAAACAGAAAUAACAUGACAAACAUGUAC